CGGUCGAGAAAAUGACAAAAUCGAUGGCAAAAAAUUAGAUGAUAAUUAAUAUUGGAAGCAGAAAACACCUGUUAAUCCAGAAGGUUUGGUGGGACACGAGGAAUUGGGAAGGACGAGAACUACGUGGAAGGUGAAUAAUUAAGGGGUUGAUUAGCGCCAAAUGCGAGAAAGUUUAGCAGAGUGGGUGGGCCGAGGAAGGCAGGAAGCAAAUGGGAGGCUCCAACUUCCGAGCAUGAAUCCGAUGGGGCGGUUUUGUGGCAGAGAGAAAAUGAGGUCUUGUCUGCUAAAUAAUAUGGUGUCGUCAGAAAUUUAUUUAAAAGUAGGUUUUUUCGAUGUGUUUUCAUAUUCUGAAAAUUUUUUAACAUAUAUUCAUCGUAUAAAUUAUGAGGAAUCUUAAGAUAUCCGACUGAAAAAUCAUUCACGGUUUCAUCACUCAUUUGAUUUCGAAGUGUUUUUUCACGAUGUAAAUUGUAGUAAGUGCUCUUUCAGCACUUGUAAUGACAAUUGACAGCAACAUAUGCAUCUAAAGUUUUUUAUGUUUUAUAUAUUAAACUCAGUUACUACUACAUUUUUAUGAUCAAUGUGGUGCAAAUGACCUAUCUUACCCUCAAGCACAACAAAAAAAGAUACUACUACAUUUUUAUGAUCAAUGUGGUGCAAAUGACCUAUCUUACCCUCAAGCACUUCUGCCUAGUGAUGGCAAUUUCAACCCGCCCCACGGGUAUUACCCGACCCGACCCGCUAUGGGACGGGUAUUACCCGACCGGCAGUAGCGUGGGGCGGGGCAUGACUAUCUACUUCCGACCCGCCCUGCCCCGCCCCGCCCUGUUCUAGACUUAUUUUAUCUCAAUUUCUUACAAUUUUUAUACAUAUUUCUCCUAUUUUGACUUUUCUUCAACUAGUUAGAGUCGCUCUUUCAACUUGUUAGACUCAAUUACCCAUUCUAUUAUCACUAUUUUUCAUUCUUAAAUUAUUUUACCAUUCGUUUUAUCGUAAAAAGUAAAAUUUACUUGUAUUUUUUCCGAAUAACAUGUAAGAGUGGGUCGACCCGCCCCGCCCCAUACCCGCGCGGGUUUUACCUGCCCCGCCCCGUAGUAGCGUGGGGCGGAGCAUGAAAAUUGAGGUACCCGCCCUGAUUAGUGGAUAUAAUGUUAAUCAUGAUUUGUAAUAGUCUUUACAUUUUUUUACAACUACUGUAAAAAAAAAGAUAACAACUACUACAACUCUAUAAGAAGAAUGGUCACAACUAUAGCUAUACUAUUACAACUCAUUCUUAUCAAGGCAUUAACUCUUUCUAUAGUUAGCAAGUUAAUUAAUCCAUCCUAUGGUUUUGUCCUUUGUUUUUUCUUCUUUUUUCCAAUUUGUUAUUAUUAUUAUUAUUAUUGAUAAAAAAAACCCCUGUAACCAAUUACAAAAGAGAAGCUGCCACGUCAUCGACAUCUCCCCACUCCUUUUCCAACUUUUAUCGUGCUUGUUGCCCUCAGCUACUGAUAUAUUCAUUGAAUCCCAUAAAGCUCUUCCACCAGCUUUGUAUAUAUAUAGUAAUAUCGCUGGUGCAUCAAUCACAAGAAGCAGGCAGCAGCAGCAGCAGCAGCAAUCAACAAGCUAUCUACUACAUCUCUGCGUUAUUUCUCUCCAACUAUAUUGCCAAGGAAACAAUUCAGUCAAGUCAGAAGAAAAAAAAAAAUCAAUGGCACUCCACAACCACAACCUUGCUUUAGCUUUUGGCCUCCUCGGCAACAUCGUGUCCUUCUUUGUAUAUUUGGCUCCACUGCCGACGUUCUUCAGAAUCGUGAAGAUGAAAUCGACGCAAGGGUUUCAGUCCUUACCUUACUCGGUCGCGCUGUUCAGCUCGACGCUGUAUCUGUACUACGCUUCCCUGAAAAAGGAAGCCUUCAUGCUCGUAACCAUCAACUCCAUCGGCUGCGUCAUCGAGUCCGCCUACCUCCUCAUUUUCUUCGUCUACGCCUCCAGAUCCGUUAGGAUACACACCGCGAAGCUGCUGAUACUGUUCAACACGGGCGCCCUCGCGGUGAUCAUGCUGUCCACCGCGCGCUUCGUCGUGCACAGCUCCCACCUCAGGAUCAACAUCGUGGGCUUCGUCUGCGCCGUCUUCUCCGUCUGCGUCUUCGCCGCCCCACUCAGCAUCAUCCGACGAGUGGUGAAGACCAAGAGUGUUGAGUUCAUGCCCUUCUCCCUAUCGCUGUGCCUCACGCUCUGCGCCGUGUUCUGGCUCAUCUACGGCCUCGCCAUCGAUGAUUACUACAUAGCAACUCCAAACAUCUUGGGAUUCGCGUUCGGGUUCACGCAGAUGGUGCUCUACUUGAAGUACUACAAGAAGGGAAGGACGGAGGUGUUGCCCGCGGAUAGCAGUACCAGAUCGUCUCAAAUACUAAGCAAGAUGAGGGAGCUCGAGGCGGAUCCUGAUAAGCAGCAGCAGCAGCAGAAGGUGGCGAGUAAUAAGGAUGAUGUGAUUAUCACCAAUGCAAAUGUGGACAGUGUUGUGGUUGUUAGCACUGAGGAUAAUACCCAGCAGGUGAUAAUCUCUGUGACUAUAGCCAAGUCUGCGGAAGAUGAAAAAGAGGAACGAGGUGGUGGUGGUGAUGGCGAGGAAGUUGGGAAAGAGGGAACUGCAGCAGCAGCAACAGCUGUUGUUGUUGCAGGAAGCGAGCUCAAUGUAUGAUAUUAUUAUUAAUGAUGGCAAAGCUUGAUUGCCCCGUCCGUCUAUAUACUUCUGUUUACGUUUUGGUUUUCUGUUGUUUGGUUUGGCUUUUUUUUUUCUUUUCCAUUUUUCGGGGUGGUGGAAGUCUUGGGUGGGGUUACGGUUGUAUUAAAGUUGUUGGGAGAUACAGUUGAUCAUAAAAAUGGGAUACAGACAAAAAAGCUAGCUGGAGAAGACUCAGUUUGAUUCACAUAGUGAUACCCCAAACUCUCAGUUUGGCUUGAACCCGAAAUAAAUACAUUGAUUUUGAGUAUGUGAUUAGAUAUAAAUAUUAGAAUCGAGCUAGAAUACAACUCAUCGAAUUGGAUCACGCGCACAAAUAAUUGAUGAUUCAAGCAAGUUAAUGUCCAACUACACUAAAUGGAGUAAGAUGAGGUGAUGACCAAGGGAAGGAGGGGUCAAACACACUUGACUAAAUGAAGUGCCCUACAUUGU